AUGGCAGUCCCAGUCGACUUACACGACGACGGGGACCGCCAAGCGGCUUCUCUCGUCCCGCCGGCGGCGGCGGCGGCGCCGCGGCUGUCGCUGCACCGCCUCGUCACCCGCGACCCGCGCGAGAGGGUGCUGGUCCACCCGCUGAUCUGGACCGACAGGCAGCUGGCGGUCCUGGACUGCCGCGUCCGCCCCCGCGGCGACGCCGACGACGACAACGGGGGCGACGCGGCGGCGCCCGAAAGCGGUGGCGGCGGCGAGCGGGCACGGAAGCGCAGGCGGGCAGCCGACGAGCUCGCUCCACUCCUGCGCCGCCGUCUCCGGUGCCGGCUGGGCUGGGAUCUGCUCCGGGACACCGUCCGCAUGCUCCUCGAGUCGGUGUCCAGCGCCGUCGCCAUGGAUCCUGGCCAAGAAGCCCACCUGCGUUACGCCCGACGGCCACGCGUCGCGGUUCCCUACUGUCGUGUGUCGUUCGGGGGCGUCGGUUUCGCGUGCUUUGACGCGGACAUGGCUGCGCGCCACCGCCGCGCCUACACCCCCUGGAAGUGGCGGCGGACUACCCCGGAGGAGGAGAAGGAGGAGGAGGGAGGAAAAGGAGGAGGGGCCGAUUGCCCUGCCGACACGGGCCUGCUGUUUCCGCUCCUGGUCGCCCUCGUCAUCGCGCUCGCGCAGCAGGAGCGGCUCGACGCGGCGGCACAGGCACGAGGACCGCCCCCUUCGGGAUUCACUGUUCGCAUCCUCUUCGCCGGCAGGGAUACGGCCACGCCGUUCAACGUCGUUUCCGCGCGCGUCCGGCCCGCUUUUCUCGACAAGCUCGACUUCCCCACCCGGGAGCCAGCGCCUGAUUCGGGGCUCGACGUCGAGUACUGGCAAGUCCCGGCCAAGCCGUACAAGACGCUGGCGCACCGGCUCGCCCGCCGUCUCGAGGCAGGAGCGGUGCCGUAA